AUGUUGGAUGCUCAUGUGCCCUUGCCAAAGCCUGGCAAGGGCAUCCCGGCCGAGUGGCAACGACAGUUGGCGACGCUGUCGGCUUUUUCACGACCGCUGAAACCAUUGCAACGUCCACAGCUUUGCUCAGGAUGCUGGCGUCUCACUGCCAACGAAGCCAAGGACAGCGGCAGGUUUUGCACCACCUGCUCCGAGCAGAGCCUCGUGCUGAAGUCUCUGUGCCGGUGUGGCGGUUGCGACAAGAUCUACCCUGCGGAUGCGGGUUCUAUGGAUGGACAGACUUGGCUUUGCCGGGGCUGCUCCACAGGCUCCGAUCCCACUCCAGGUGGCUAUCCGCAGCUGGCCCAUGCGCAGCUCCGGAGCCUGAGCGCCGCAGGAAUCGACAUCGAGGUGCCCGGUGCUGCUGCGAAAGCCCAUCGGCUUCCUUGGUCCCUGCUGCAGCCGGUUCCGAAGCCAAGCAUCGAGCCGGGAGCUGCACGGGCCAAGUGGUCCACGGGUGUUUUCGUAGAUGCCGUGUUUCCAUCCAGUGACUCCUCAGAUGGCCUUCCGGCAACUUUGACGGAGAGAGUGACAUCCCAUCACGAUGAAAAUGUUGUCCACAUCUCGGAACAGCGAUCUGAGAGCACUUUUCUCAGCCGAAUCCCUCGCUUACAGUUCGUUGGGGGGGUUGAUACAGCGUCGGGUGCUUUUCUUCCUUGCUCGCUCGAGAAGCAGUUUGCCCGUUCUGUUGGGGCCGUCCGGAGCGUCUCCAAGCCCAUGCUCCUCGAGCUUUGGUUCUUGAAGCUUUCCCUUUCGGGUCUUGCAUUUGGUGAUGAGCUGAUGAUUUCUGUCCUGCUUCCAUUCAUGUUCUCUGCCAGCUCGUGCAUGUGCUAUGUUGCGCUAGCGUGCUAG